AUGACAUUACAUAGGUCGAUAAUAUUUAGUCACGGCCAUGAAUUGAUUAACAUCUUCUUUACUCUCCUAGCAGCAAUGGCCAUUGUUGGAGCUGCAAAUUUUCACGACGAUCAUAUCGAAGACGUGGAAAUGCAGACUAGUACUGUAGCAGAAGCAACUACAUUGCCUGACACACCAGAUGAAGCUGAAGCAACUACUUCUUUAAGAGGAGUGAGCCGUUUUCUUUAUAAUCAUCAUAAAAAUAUCCCACUGCCCAGUUAUACUUGCGACAACUUUCCUAGGAUUUGUCGUGCGAAGAACAGCCUGGGGCCAGACUGCUGCAAGAAGAAAUGUGUUGACGUGAAGACUGAUCGGUACAACUGUGGGAUUUGCAGCUACAGAUGCAGGUAUACUGAGAUUUGUUGCAGGGGUAAGUGCGUCAAUGCAUCGUUUGACAAGAGGCAUUGUGGUGGGUGCAAUCAGGAGUGCAAGAAGGGAGACUUCUGUGUUUAUGGGAUGUGCCAUUAUGCAUGA